UUGCCCUCUCUUCUAUUUUCUUCAUUUUUCCAAUUUAUCUACAGCCCCAAAUUAAACUGCUUGAAUAGAUGAGAAUAUUUUGUAGCUGUGCAACAAAAAGGGAUAGUACACAUUAUCCCACGAGCUUAGAGAUGAGAAAUAUGGUUGAUUCAGCUGACAAUUUUUUAAAGUGACUUUACUCUGACUUUCCAGAUCUAUCCACUCAUAUACUUCAGCCGAAGUUUUCAAGUUUCAAGAAAACCCUCAGCUCAAAUUGUAGGAUAAUAAGAAUAAUAAGCUACAAAAGAAGAUGGAUCAUGGCCGCCCAAUGCCACCUCCUUUUCACUCAAGUGAUCUUCAGUUACAUAAUCUUCCUAACCAGUUCCAGCACCCAGACGAACAACAAAACGGAAAUCGAGACGACAAACGAGGCUUAGAUGAGGAUUUUAGCCUCGGACAUACAGGAGAGGGUGGUGUCGGCGAAGAAGUCAAUAAAAGACCUAGAGGAAGGCCAUCGGGCUCUAAGAACAAGCAAAAACCACCUAUCAUAAUAACUCGAGAUAGCGCGAAUACCCUAAAAUCUCACGUUAUGGAGAUUUCCGACGGUCACGAUGUCCGAGAAAGUAUCUCCACUUUCGCGAGCCAACGCCAGCGAGGCGUUUGUAUUUUGAGCGGAAGUGGGACAGUCACAAACGUCACACUAAGGCAGCCGGCAUCUCCUGGCGCUGUCGUGACUUUACACGGAAGAUUUGAGAUUCUAUCCCUCUCGGGUUCAUAUUUGCCACCUCCAGCACCGUCAACAGCCUCAGGGCUGACAAUAUACUUGGCCGGAAGUCAAGGCCAAGUAGUUGGAGGUGGCGUGGUGGUCCCACUACUUACGUCUGGGUCAGUAGUGGUUAUGGUGGCUUCCUUCGGGAAUGCCGCAUACGAACAGCUUCCUCUAGAUGAUGAAGAAUCGCCAGUGGUACAAGGAAGCCAACAACAGGAUCAACAAAUUAUGGCUAAUGAUUCUAAUGCUUCUUUACUUCAAGGAUUUCCACCACAUCUUAUAAAUUCAAGUCAAUUACCAACUGAUAGUACUUAUUGGGGAAAUUCGGGUCAUCCUCCUUAUUGACAAAAAUUAGAGACUUAGUAGGCGUUUGGCCACUAAUUUCAAAUAUUUUUCACUUUAUUUGAAAUUUAUGAAAUUGGAGUUGAAGAAAGAGUUGUGUUUGAUUAUACUUUUUUGCAAAGAAGAGAAGAGAACACUUUGUUUGAAAUUUAUGAAAAGUGGGGUUGGAAAACAAGAUUGAAGCGCUUCUCUAAAUUUGGAAUACAACUCCAAGAUAGAUUCAGAAAUUUUAUAACCACAUACUGAUUUGAAACAAAUUUUAUAACCACAUACAGCUGAUUUGAAACAAAGUAAAAUAUCAUUCAGAAAAGAGUGAAAAUUUCUCACGGCCAAAUGGGUCUUUAAAUUAGUUUUGUUUUUUGCAUUUUACUAGAGUUUAGGACAUGGCUCCAAUUCUAUUACUAUUUGGAUAUCACAUUGCAUCGCUUCUUGUACAAGUAGUAGUCGGUUUGUGGUGUUAAUAAAUCUGUUCUAGUCGUAUUCUUAUUUUUUGUUUAGUAAGGGAUGUAUAAAUUCAACAAUUCUUUGUGGUUUUUCAUUUUAUGAUAGCACUGGUUGCAGUAAUUUGGUUUCUUACAUCUG